AUGAGAUCCUACGCCCAGCUCUCCCAGGAGGAGACCUCGUCGGCCUGGAUCAGGUCUUCUCUUCGGAUCUACUAUCUGACCGCCAUUGUCUGCUGCGGUGGCGUCCUGUUUGGCUAUGAUUCGGGUGUCAUAGGCGGCGUCCUCACCUUCCCCUCCUUUAUGAACUCGUUCAACUACACUCUUUCACAGCAGACAAAAGUCAGCAGCAUCGCAGUCGGCAUCCAGCAAGCCGGCGCGCUGAUCGGCUCCCUCCUUAUCUUCCCCCUGACCACCCGAAAGGGCCGCCGGACGGCCCUCAAAGCCAGCUCGGCGCUUUUCUGCCUCGGCGUCCUAUUUGAGGUUGUCGACUCGCGCUCCCUAACCGCCUUCUACACCGGUCGCAUCAUCUGCGGCCUGGGAAUCGGCGGCUCGGCCACCGUCAUCCCCAUCUACCUGUCGGAGAUGAGCCCAACGCACAUGCGCGCCCGUCUCGGCAGCUGCUACCAAUUCACCUUCACAAUCGGCAUACUUGUAUCUUACUGGAUUGACUACGGCAUGCAGUUCGCCCCUGACGCCCCCCUCCAGUGGCAGGUUCCGCUGGCGCUGCAGCUAGUCCCGGGCGCCCUGAUGGGCCUGGGCAUGUUGACUCUACCGGAGAGCGUCCGCUGGCUGCUCGGCAAGGGGCGCACGACCGCAUCGUGGGAGAGUCUGCGCUGGGUGCGGGGGGUGUCUCCGUCUGCGGGCCCUGACGAAGACAGUCCCAUCCACGACGAAUUUACCGCCAUGAAAACCGCCGUCGACUCCGACCGCCGCGCCACAGACGGAUUUCGUCUCUCCGAGCUCCUCCAGGGCAGCAACGCGCGGCGCAUCGCCCUCGCCGCGACGAUGUUCCUCGCGCAGCAGUCCACCGGCGCCACCGCGAUGGCGUACUUCGGCCCGCAGUUUUUUGGUUUGCUUGUCGGCGAGGGCGAUCGCGCCCUGACGCUCCUGCUGACGGGCUUCUUCGGCGCGAUCAAGGUCCUCAGCUGCGGGACGUUCAUCCUCUUCGUCGCAGACCGCUUCGGCCGCCGUCCGCUGCUGAUCAGCGGCGCCCUCGGCAUGGCAGUCUGCAUGACGUGCACGGCGUUCCUCGUGCAGGGGAUGCCCCCUCCUGCUCCUCCCGCAUCGUCCGCGGGAGACACGGGGUCAGAAACGGCGAGCAACGGGGUCAGCCCAACAGGCAUCGCAACAGUCCUCCUGAUAUACCUCGCAAUCAUCAUCUACAAUCUAUCCUGGGGCCCGCUGCCGUGGCCGUGCAGCGCAGAGCUGUUCUCGACGCGUCUGCGCGAACCGGGCGUGGCGGUCAGCGUGGCGGCGCAGUGGCUGUCGAAUUUUGUGUGGUCGUUCAGCACGCCGUACGUGCUGGCUGGGAUCGGGUGGGCGACGUUUUUGCUGUUCGGGGUGCUGGACGCGGUGUUUAGUGGGUUUGUGUGGGUGUUUUUGCCGGAGACGGCGGGGCUGUCGCUCGAGGAGAUUGAGGGGUUGUUUCGGGGGGAGGAUGGGCAUGGGGAUGAAGAGAAUGCCUACGAUAUCACCGGCACCCCCGUAUCCCGACCCGAGAUAUGCAACAUUCAAUAA